CUGACAGCUGAUCGUGAUGCGGUAUCGCGGCUUUCUCAUGUUCGUCGGUUUGCAUUGUGAUUGAAUUUUGUUUGAAUAAUUCAUUUAAACAAUAGUUUUUGGAGCUUUAUUGUUCAUAAAUUACUUACCGUCAACAUCAGUGGGUGUCUUCCAGAAACUGAUCCCGUUAGAGUUUCUAGAAAAAGGUUUUUAAUGGUCAUCGCUUUUGUUUUCCGCAUUGAAAAGUGUGAGCAAGUGAGAAUAAAGAGUGCGCUGUCAGCUGGCGACGUGAGUUUUGUUUUUAUGUCGUGCUCCCAUCCCGGUGGUUUUCUCACCUCACGUAGUUGUUGAGAGUGGAAGAGUGGACAAAGUCGAUGUGCUGAAAAAAGUAUGGCCACCAAUAACUAUUUUGGAUUUCCGCAUGGUGCAACGCAGUACGGUACGACUGCCCCAGGAACAGCUUAUUCGACCACGCAGACGGGCUAUGCAGUAGCGACAGCGGCCGCACCGGCAGCAGCAGCAACCUACGGGACAGCAGCCGCUGCAGCAGCACGACCAGCCGGAUACGAGCAAGCUUACCAAACGGCGGCCACCCCAGGAACCUACGCAACAACAGCAACUGCUACUUACGAUUACGGGUACGGUCGUACAACCCAAACGUACGACACCAGCAAGACGUAUUAUCAGCAAGCGGGAGCAACCGCGGGAUACGCCGCUGCCCCGACCGCAUACGAUACAUCGGCAACAGGAACCGCCAAGGUUAUAAACUUUCAGCCGGCCACGCAAGUCACGUACGGCGCUCAGCCAACUCGUGGUACAAUCCAAACGGCGAAGGCCACUACCGCACAGUACACGGGGCAACCGACUGCAUACGUACCGCAAACUACUGGUUACUCUCACACAGUAACCACGGUCAAUACCGCUCCGAAGCCGGCAGCCACGGCCCAGACCGUGGGCCAGACCGCCAACUAUUCAGGCUACGAAUCGGCCCUGUACAGCGCUGCUACCAUGUAUGUUGCUCAACAGCAAAAUAAUAAAAGUAACAACGCCGUCGGAGGCCAACAAGGAACCGGUGGUGGAUGGCAUGGUUACAAAAAAGGGCCAAUGGGAAUACAUCCGUUCAAGAACCGUAACAAGCCUCCUCCAAAGCCCCAACCAAUUCAUUACUGCGAUGUGUGCAAGAUUAGCUGCGCCGGCCCCCAGACUUAUCGGGAACAUUUGGAAGGCCAGAAGCACAAGAAGCGCGAACUUUUGUUGAAGCAAGCAACCGAACCAGGAACAGCUACACCGGCACGUCCUCCAAACAGUCUGCACUGCGAUCUAUGCGACGUGACAUGCACCGGAAACGAUGCCUAUGCUGCUCACGUUCGCGGUGCUAAACAUCAGAAGGUUGUCAAGUUGCACACCAAACUUGGAAAGCCAAUUCCGGCGUGUGAACCGGCACCGAACUCCGAGGAGAAGAAGGAUGGGCUCGAUGGAGAUGAAACCGAUGAAUCGGUUAAGCCUGUUGGAAGCGAGUACAUUGAAGAAAUCAAGGAUGACGAAGGCAAACUGGUCAGUUUCAGUUGCAAGUUGUGCGAAUGCAAAUUCAAUGAUCCGAACGCAAAGGAGAUGCACAUGAAGGGACGUCGUCACCGAUUACAGUACAAGAAGAAGGUCCAGCCAGAUCUGUUCGUAGAUAUUAAGCCCACUUUAAAACAGAAAAAGAUGGCAGAAGCUCGUGCUCAUCGUCAGGCAAUGCAGGAGGAAUAUUGGAACCGUCGACGCAUGGCAGAAGCAGAAAUGGACGAUGGUGAUCACGGAAUGCGUCAGUUCGGACGGCAUCCGUUCUUCGGAAUGCUGCCGGGUCGUCGUCCGGAAUCGUCUGAUGAUCGUCACGUUGUAGCACGUCAUGCCGAUAUUUAUCCAAAGGAAGAGGAGCUCCAGACAAUUCAGCGCAUUGUUUCACACACGGAAAGAGCUUUGAAAUUGGUCUCCGACGCAAUGACAACUGGCGUUGUCAAGGAUGAGAAGAAGGAUUCACCUUCCGACAAAAACAACGGCAAAGGUGACGAACAGAACAAGGGUGAUGCUAAUCAAAUGAUUUCCUUCCACAAGGAAACCGAGGGUAACAAUGUUCGUCUGCUGAAGGGUGUGAUGCGCGUUGGCUUGCUUGCAAAGGGACUUCUUCUACAUGGCGAUAACACAGUUCAACUCGUUGUACUAUGUGCAGAAAAGCCCACGACCUCUCUAUUAAAACGCGUCGUAACCGAACUUCCGAUCCAGCUCAAGAAGGUUGCCGAGGAGCAAAAGUACACCGUGACGAUGGCUCCAGUCGAGGGCGCCGUUCUGGUGUCGGAUGGUACUAUCACGGUGAAAAUCUCACUCACAUCGCCGCUGCUCCGCGAAGAAGCAAACAGUACCACCGCAAACGAGCAAGUCAACAAGCAGAGCUCGGAAGAUUUACUGCCACGAGAGCCCUGUCUUCAGGCACUUGCCGCCCUACGACACGCGAAAUGGUUCCAGGCUAGGGCAACUGGUCUGCAGUCCUGUGUGAUGAUUAUGAGAAUCAUGCGCGAUCUUUGUCAGAGGAUCCCAAUCUGGGGAAACAUCUCUCAGUGGGCAACAGAAUUGCUCAUUGAAAAGGUCAUCUCAUCUGCCGGUGGGCCACUGUCUCCGGGCGAGUGUAUACGUCGCGUAAUGGAAGCCAUCGCCUCAUCGAUACUGAUCAACGGUCCCGGUCUGUUGGAUCCAUGCGAAAAAGAACCGGAGGAUGCUCUUACUAACCUCAGCAAGCAACAACGAGAGGAUAUCACCGUCUCCGCUCAGAUGUUCCUACGAUUUAUGGCAUUCCGGCAAAUUCACAAGGUGCUGGGAAUGGAACCGCUGCCACCUCCGAAGUUUGUUGGCAAUCGCAACUGGCGCUUCAACCGUAAGCGUAGGCGCUCCGGAACUGAGGGAGCUGAUAACGAAGCUGAUGGAAAAAUGGUUAAGAAAGAGGAAAGUAAAGGGGAAAGUGGCACUAAUAACGCCGUAGUGGACAUGGACACCGAAAGCGGAAAGUAAAGUUCACUGUCGUUUACUCCGUUGAUAUGUAAGGUAGGUAUUUUCAGCUAGAAUUUUAACUGACAACUAAGUGAAAAUAAGGUAUAAUCUUCUAAAGCAACCUUUUUAAGACAGUAAAACUUUCAAAUAUUGGAUUUAACUCUGCUAUGAGGAAUAUUAUCUUACUGUGGUAAUGAAACCCAACCAUUGCGUGAGAAAUGCAGUCAAGAGGUAUUAUCAAAAAUUAACGCAAAUUAUAUGAAAAGAUUCUGACAGUCCUUCCCAGAAUAAUGAUUUGUUUAUCCUCGAUGAUUAGAUACAAUAUUUGAAUUGAAAUAAGAAGAUAAAACCAAACAGACACAUUUUCCUUCAUUUCAACCCAAGGGUAGAAUCUGUCAUACGAUGAAUCUGCUUAAAUUACCAAAUCUUAGGCAAUCUAUUUGUUGAACAAAAAGUCAAUUUAAAACUAAAAAUCCUCCAAGAAAUUUUGUUUCCUAUCUUUGAUUCCUAAAAUAUUACGUUUGCUAUCAAAUUCAGGCAGAAAUCGUAAGACUAACUAGAAAACGUUUUGAAAACAAACAAAAACAAAUAUAUAUGCAUAAAUGUAUUUAAUCCUCAAUCGAAAUCAGAUAUAAAUUAUAUCAAAAAUUUAAGAAACUGUGUUUGGAAAAUUUAUGUAUUCUUUGGUCAAAACAACCUCUUUGAAAAACUAAAUCACUACGAAUUCAAAUCUAAUCAACCACGGCUUGCUACGUUUAGUAUGCAGAAAAACCGUUGGUUGCUUCGAUAUGAUAUCCUAUUAGUAGUAAGCCAUCAGUUCUUAUGGCUAAAGGCAGUGAAAAUUGUUUACUCCAAAUAUGGAGCCGAGUGACGCAAAGUAACGCAGUUAGCAGCACACCUCUGCCAGAUACCUUUUGUAUGAAUUGAGAUGCACUACACAAUACAGAAUCAAAAAACUAAGAAACAAAAUACAUAUGGAGUACGAUACACACACACAUCCUUGUACACUCAAUUCUGAAAUAGUCCUCAGUACAGGCAACAAUGGUAGACCGUGAUACAGACAGAGAGAACCUACACUACAAUUAGUAACUCUGAAUCUGAAUAAUUCCAUUCGAAAACGCAUAAAACACACACAUCAAGUUACAUACCUUACACCUUACACACGGUCGAACGUCAUCCUGUUGAAUAGGUGAAGUCAGUCAGUUUGUGGAAUCCAUGAUAGCAAGUAUGUAAUAAACAAAUUUGAAGUAUUUUCUUCUUGAAAGAACAAA